AUGGCUGAAAGUGAAAGAUUAAUGCCUAACGAUGGUUCUCGGAAGAAAAAACCGUCGUUUACAAACCACUUAUUGUUGGGUACGAUAGUUGCUUGUUUGGGGUCUAUCCAAUACGGAUACCACAUAGCAGAAUUGAAUGCCCCCCAAGAAUUCCUAUCGUGCUCCAGAUUUGACACGCCAAAUGAGGACAUCUCAUACGAUGACACUUGGGUUGGGCAGCACAAACUCAAGCAAUGCAUUGCAUUAACUGACUCUCAAUUCGGUGCCGUUACAUCUAUAUUUAGCAUUGGAGGGUUGUUCGGGUCGUAUUUUGCUGGUAAAUGGGCCAACCGAUACGGAAGAAAGUAUGUGAGCAUGGGUGCCUCGGUCAUGUGCAUGAUUUCGUCCUUGCUACUUUUCUUUUCGAACUCGUACUUGCAGUUACUGUUCGGCAGGUUCCUGGUGGGCAUGUCCUGCGGCACCGCCAUUGUGAUCACGCCAUUGUUUAUCAACGAGAUUGCUCCUGUGGAGUGGAGAGGCGCCAUGGGGUCUAUGAAUCAGGUUUCUAUCAACCUGGGGAUUCUGCUGACCCAGACUUUGGCACUCAAGUACGCGGACUCGUACAACUGGAGAUGGCUUCUCUUUGCCGGUUCCGUGAUUGCGGUAGUGAAUCUUCUCGUCUGGCUCAAGGUGGACGAGUCUCCAAGAUGGCUACUAAACCACGGAUAUUUUACCGAAGCUGAGAGUUCUUUGUUCAAGUUACGAGCAGGAACGUACCUGCAGGCAAAGCAAGAAAUUCAGGACUGGCAGCGCAGCCAUGCCCAAAACCGCGACCCUGAGUCAACCGAAGACACUCGGUCAGGACCCACGCUAUGGAAAUACGUAACCGAUUCCUCCUACAGGAAACCACGCACAGUUAUAUUGGCCAUCCUGACCUGCCAGCAAUUCUGCGGCAUCAACUCUAUUAUCUUCUACGGUGUAAAAGUGAUAGGCAAAAUACUGCCCGACUACUCGAUUCAGGUCAACUUCGCCAUCUCCAUCCUCAAUGUCGUCGUCACACUCAUAGCUUCCGCCAUCAUCGACCACGUGGGCCGCCGUCCGCUAUUGCUUGCCUCCACUGCCCUGAUGUCUGCCAUGUCGCUGCUUAUCAGCGCGGGCCUCACAAUGAGCGUAUCUUUUCUGUUGGUCACCGCCACUUUUGUGUAUAUCGCCGCCUUCGCAAUUGGUCUGGGGCCCAUUCCCUUCCUGAUCAUUGGAGAACUGUCCUAUCCACACGAUGCAGCCACAGCCCAAAGUUUCGGUACUGUGUGCAAUUGGCUCGCCACCUUCAUCGUCGGAUACCUCUUCCCCAUAGGCCACGGCCUCAUGGGCGGCUACGUGUUUGCGAUCUUCGCUGCCAUCGCUGCUCUAUUUGCUACAUACGUGUACAAAAAGGUACCUGAGACAAAGGGCAAGACUACAUACAGCGACGUCUGGGCCGGCUACUGA